GUGCUCAGAAUAAUUUGAAACAACAGGCAAUAUUUAUUUCUAGAUUUGUGUGUCAUGCUUUGCAGGAGCACUCUUACUUUGCACGUUAUUAUUUAUCCAAACUUCUGGGAAGAUUUACUAUGGACUGGACAGCACUGGUUAUGGAUUAGGACAGAUUUAAUAUACACUCUUGAUUGGCUGAAACCUGUGAGAAAAGCCACGAUGUUUGCCUUUGCUGUAACGCCGAGGGGUAUAUUUAGUAGGUAGCUGACCCCGUCAGCGCAACACGUAAUGCAGCAUGGCUGUGCAGUCAGUAGCUGACACGGGAGGAUGCUGCAGGACCCCAGACUGCCUGCUGAAGGAGAGAGGGAGGCUCUCCUCGUUUGCUGGCAGAUCAUUUCACUGUGUAUCAGCGUCAGAGGCACGAGCAUGACUGUUCUCUGUGUCUUUGGGACAAAAGAAGAGUUUCACUGUUAUGAGCCCGGUGAUAAAGUGUCAGUGUAGUGUGACUGCGAGGCACGGGAACGGACACUGCCCCGAGCGAGCCCGGCUGAGGAAGAAAGCCCCGUCUCCCUGCUAGGAUUCAGCUACGCAGGAGAUUCUUUGACGGAUUACAAGCUCAGCAAACUCUAACUCGAGAAGAAGAAUGACAGCUAAGAGACUUAAACCAGACUUUUCACCAUCCUGGAAAGGAACUGGCUGCCAGUAUUUGGAGUUUUUUUAAUACUCUGCCUCCCUCUGCUGUUAUCAGUGAGAAGUUCCUCGACAAUGGGAAAUCAUGUACUUGCAGCUUAUAUUUCCAUGCUCUCGCUCCUGGCGAUGAUGGGAGACGCGGACAGUAAAACAGACAGUUCCUUCAUGAUCGACUCCGACCCCAGCCGCUGUAUGAGGCAUCACUAUGUCGACUCCAUCAGCCACCCCCUCUACAAGUGUAGCUCAAAGAUGGUGCUGCUGGCUCGCUGCGAAGGGCGCUGCAGCCAGACGUCGCGCUCGGAGCCCAUGGUUUCUUUCAGCACCGUCCUGAAGCAACCUUUCCGCUCCACCUGCCAUUGCUGCCGGCCCCAGACCUCCAAGCUGAAGGCCAUGCGGUUGCGAUGCUCGGGGGGCAUGCGGCUCACGGCCACCUACCGCUACAUCCUCUCCUGCCACUGCGAGGAGUGCAACUCCUAGGGAUGUACCUGCCGCAGCAGAGAGGGGACUGGGAUGCUGCUGUUGGGGAAGGCUCCCAAGAAGUAAUCCAAGGUGAGGCUGACGCUCCCAGCACACGAUUGUAGCGAGGACAGGACUAACCAGGCUGGAUCGGAUCUGAGAGCUAAAGUGUAAAAUAUCCUGGGGCCCUGGAUGGCGCCGGUACCGAAGUGUAUGCUGUGCCAAAGGCAAAAGCACGAGGACUUGUUCUUAAGAAGCCUUUCUGUUUUUCUGAAAGGAUAUUUUUGUGAGUUUCUUCUUUCUCAGGCUCAGCUCUGACUACAGAAAGGUGCUUUUACUUUAGGCCAAGGGCAGCAGGGGAAAAGAGAGGAAGGUCAGCCGACGACAGCACUGCACUCUGGAAGUUGGCGUUCGGACAGAGGAUGGGCAUCAGUUCCCACAUACAACCUCUUAACCUAUCAAUUUAUUCUCAGUCUCCUAGUUAUAUUGGCCUUCAAAACAAACUGUGUUGUUGGCAAGGGUUAUCUGUUACUGAUCUAGCAGCCAAGCGCUGGAUGACUUUAACUGUGGUUUAGCAGAAAUUACAAAUAAAUCAUUGAAAAUUGAACUGGAUAUGAAAUGUCAUGCUGGGAUUACCCAGCCUUAGCCAGUUGAAAUGAUUAUUUGCAGCGUGCGGCAUCAGAGUUCAGUGGCUGAGCGACUCUUGAGAAGUGAAAGGUCAUGAGACUCAUUAUUCCCCUCUAAAAGCCUGGAAAUGUGACAUAUCACAGCUGUCACAAAAGCCAUUAUUCAAAUGCUAAAAACUAAUCAAAGAUUAAAAUGACACAUACUAAA